UCGAUCUCGACUGCGCCAAACGCCUCACGACAUCUGCGCAUGUACUUUGGCUCGCCGCAUUUCAAAUCGUCUCGCUGCUUUCUCCGGAACGCUUCCUGACAGUGAUCACCCUAUAGCUGUCUCUAUUCGCCAAACUCGCCCAGCAUGUCCGAACGCAAAGUGCUUCAGAAAUACUACCCUCCAGAUUUCGAUCCAGCGUCCCUCACGCGCAAGCGCGGACCGAAGCAGACCGGCCCCAAGGUCCAAACCGUCAGAAUCAUGGCCCCGUUCUCGAUGAAGUGCACUACAUGUGGAGAGUACAUAUACAAAGGAAGAAAGUUCAACAGCAGAAAGGAAACAAAUCCUAACGAGCGAUACUUGGCCAUUCAGAUACACCGGUUCCAUAUUAAAUGUACCCGAUGCUCAGCAGAGAUCAUAUUCAGGACAGACCCCAAGAUCGCCGACUAUGCCGUAGUCAAGGGUGCGCUGCGCAACAUGGAACCCUGGCGCAACAAGGAGGGAGAGAAGGAGAGCGUCGACGAGAGGCUGGACCGGCUGGAGCGCGAGGAGGCCGAAGCUGCCGGCGAAGAAGAGAAGAAUGCGAUGGCGGACCUGGAAUCAAAGAACGAAGACGCGAGGCGGGAGAUGGCGGCAGCGGAUGCGCUUGACGAGAUUCGCCAGCGCAACGCGCGCAUCCAGCGGUCAGAAAAGGACGGCGUCGACUUCUCCGAGUAUGUCGUCCGGCCCGAGGACGAAGAGAGUACGAGAUUGGAGAGGGAGGAUGAGGAGGCUGCGAGGAGGGCAUUCGCUGCUGCGCGGGAGAGGGCUUCUCUCAUGGACCUUGGGGAGGAGAUUAUCGAUGACGAAGUUAAAGAAAGCUUCAGUGGAGAAGCGGCAUCAUCAUCAUCAUCAUCCUCCUCCUCCUCCUUAUCAGCCGCAGCGGCGUCACUAAGGUCAGGAGAUGGGCCCGAGACCGCGGAGGCGAGGGCCGUGAGGGAUACUUCGAUGAUGCCGCCGCCACCGCCCCCCGUCAAGCGGGUGGUGAAGAAGAAGAAGGAUUACUCUGCCGCGCUUGGCAUCAAGAAGAAGCCAUCACUGGUGUAAGUAAGUCAUGAGUAGAGGCGUGGCUGCAGCAUCCUUCUGCGCUGUAUCAUUGCGUUUAAAGCAGAUGCACGUAAUAGGGGUCAGGUACACGUCAUUAUCCGCCCUUCUAUGCGUGUAUAGGUAAACGUCCAUACACUUUGGGGCUUGUUUGACUUUUGGGCAUGGCGUUUCGGAAACGGAGGGAAACAUUCGCACGGACUGCGAGUCGACAGGGCAUCGAAUACGUAAACGAGGAAGCAGACGGUUUGUCUUCCGUUUUGGAUGCCCAACUUUAGAGGGGCCGGGAUCAGCAGACAGCCCAGGCCUCGCGGACCAUGACUGCACAACAGACUUGGGACGUCAAGACUUUGGAAGUUCUAGACGUCACACCAAUAUUCACAUUAUGAAACUUUCGCUUCUUUCCGCCAUGUUCUAGAUGUCCCUAUUGCGCGUCUGUGCUCUCUCCUUUUCCCAGAGGUUGUUCCCCGCCCGUCGACGCCCCCGCAACGUCGAUCUUUACCCCGAAUAGUCC